AUGGCCGUUGUGUUAUCGAAGCAGUGCGGGAACUCGUACUUUCUGUGGGAGAUGCUUUUCCCCAAGAGCCACAAUAUCUUUUCCAUGUUGUCCUAUCGCGAUUCCUGGCGGGGGUUCUACAAGGCGCUCCCCUCCGAUAACCUUACCUCGGCAUCGAUGCCAUCCACGGAUCCCCAGGGGCCCAAGACCGGGCGGAUCUUUUCCUUUUCCUCGACCAAACCCGCGUCGAUGGUCGAACAUGCGAUUCAGCAGUGGCGUCAGCAAUAUCUUCGGCUUCGUGCGCGCUACGGCGUGGAGCUCUUUUUGCGCUACCUCCCGACAACGGGCGAGACGGAGGCGGCGGGGGAGGGGGAUUGCGGUUCGGCCAUCCCCCCCGCCCACUUCGAGAGCCCCGCGGGGGGCCGGUUCUGGUGGGCGAUCUUGAAGAGCCUUUGGCGGCGCCGCCCACAGGACGCCACGCCGCUGUACGAAAUCAUCUUGGCGAAUGCCGUUCGCGUGAUCGGCCUGCACGCCGGCUACGCCGGGCUUCAGCUCGCCGGCGGCGAGACCUUCUGGCAGGCCGAUCCGCCCCAAGGGGCUGCCGUUUCGCCCUACGAGCUGAACUACGGCGGGGCCGUCGGCUUCGCGCAUUUCUACCUCCGCGAGCUGGCGAAAGGGCGGGCGGAAAAGGAGACGGCGGGCGGGGGGGCCUUGGCGCCGUGGUGCUGCGCCGCCGACUGGGCGGUGUCGAUUCAGGCGUUUUUGGCCAAAGUUGGGGUCGCCGAGGAGGCGGAGGCGCUUUUUGCCCGAAUUUACCCCUGCUCGGUUUGCGAUGCCGCCCAGGCGGCGUGUCUUUCGUGGAGUUUUAUGUUUGAUUCCACCCACGCGGCGAUUCCUAACGCCGGGGAGGCGUCCUCGGGGGCCUCGGAGGCGGCGUUGGAGGUGCACACGACGGUUUUUUCGCCGCGAACCUUUUCGCCGCUAUCCUUCUAUUCCGAGACGUCGGUUCUGACCAAAUGCUUCGGGUGCGGCUUCGCGGAUUUCGUGGUAGGCCCUUUCUGCCGCAUUUGUGGCGGUCUACUCAACUAA